GGGGGGGUCGCGCGCGCGCGGAUGGGUGAAAGGUGUGGCCCAACUUUGUUUCUUUUGUGGUUCCUCCAUUGAAUCGAUCCACGGGCCAGAACUUUGAGCGUUUUGAGGUUGUCGGCCCAGAUGGCGAACGGCGAAGCGUUCCCUUUGCACGUCAUCAGAUCCCCGUUGAGUCGGCUGAGCGAAUCCGCGGUCUCCUGAGAGCAACGAUGCCCCAGUUGGCGGAGAGACCUUUUUCAUUCGCCCGGAUAUGCUGGUGCGCCGACACGGUCGACCGAAACUUCCUUAUAGAUUAUCAUCCUGAUCAUCCAUCCUUACUGCUUGCGGUUGGGGCAUCCGGUCGCGGAUUCGCCCAUAUUCCUUCAAUCGGUAGCUUUAUUGCUGACCGGCUCGAAGGUAAGAUGGACCCGAGGGUUGCAGCUGCGGUUCGUUGGAGACCUGAGCAAGCUGUGAAUCGGGAUUGGGAUGAUACGCAAAACAGAUUUGGAGGAGAGUAUAGGGUGAUGGACUUUCAGAAGGUGAAGGAGUGGACAAAUAUCCAAGAGUCAUAGUGGCUUGGUGGGUUCCAAAAAUGAGCACUGCAUAAGUAUGACUGACACAAGGUGAUUUGUAAAGCUUUGCGUCCUCAAUCGCUCAGUGAAUCUAGAAUAAUGUCUUCAAUUUAUAGUAGCUGUGCUGGUCAUUUUGAGAGUGUCAGAUAUAUAUUCAGCGGAUUCAACAUAGCUCUGACUUUCUCACGAGUUAGUAGACAAUGAGCUAGCUGGACCAUUGAAGUGUUAUGGAUGAGCACACUUGAUCAUUCUUACUGCAUACCUAGCAAAGCAAUAAUUGAUGAUUAUAUCGACACAAGUAGACUGCAG